UUUAACCUUGAACCCCCUAACCUAGUACUACAUUAUUGCCGCUUUUGCCAAUCUGAUGUUCUUCUGCAACUGAACUGGAAGCUUAUUUUCUUUCAAUUUCCUCUUCAAUCUUCUCUCUGUUUGGUUUCCUUGAAGCUAAACAGAUCUCCGGGUUGUGUCAGCUUCAGAGUGGGAAGUGAAAGAAUGAUGACUGCUGAUUCGGAAUCGUUAUUAAGUUUGGGGGAGAUAAAAGGAAGAGGAAGGGCUCUUGUAGCCUCGCAACCUUUGAAGGCAGGCCAAAUUGUUCUCAAGGAUUCUCCCAUCCUUGUCUACUCUGCUCUUCCUUUGGUUAGACCUCAAUCUUCUGCCUCUGCCUCAUAUUGUGACAAUUGCUUCAGAACACUCUCAUCAUCAGCAAAUGUAACGUCUUGUCCUUCGUGUUCUCAUCAUCAUCUCUUCUGCAGUCCUAAUUGCCUAACCAUGGCAACAGCUGCCUCUCAUUCUACUUGGGUUUGCCAGGCUCUCAGUCGCCUUCGUGACUGCCCUUCUCUUGUUCCUCAACCUCCUGAACGCCAAGUACAAGCUCGUUUCCUUAUCGCUGCCUAUAAUCUUGCCCUUACUUCCCCCGGCCAUUUCCAGGUUUUGCUUUCUCUUCAAGGCCAGGGUUCUCCUUCUGAUGCUCCCGCUGUCCAAUUCCUGCAUUCUCUCAUUUCAUCCAUCUGCCCGCCUCCUUCAUUAUCUCUCUCCAUUGAACUCACAGCAGCUCUAUUGGCAAAAGAUAAGCUCAAUGCCUUUGGAUUGAUGGCACCUAUCUCCCUUCAACAGGAUGGACAGAGGUCUGUCCGUGCUUACGGCAUCUAUCCCAAGGCUUCUUUCUUCAACCAUGAUUGUCUUCCUAAUGCUUGCAGAUUUGAUUACCUUGACUUGGCUACUGGCCAGAAUACUGACAUCACUGUUCGGAUGAUUCAUGAUGUUCCCCAAGGUAGGGAGAUCUGCUUGAGUUAUUUCCCUGUCAAUCUUAAUUACUAUACCAGACAGAAGAGAUUGGCUGAGGACUAUGGCUUUACCUGUGAUUGUGAUCGUUGCAAGGUUGAGGCUAAUUGGUCUGAUAAUGAAGCUGAUGUUAUUGAUGAUAAUGGAAAUGUGGAGAAGGAAGAGGUCAUGGAUGAGGACAGUGAUGAACAAAUGAUAGCCUCUGACACAGAUGGGGAUGCAGGAGGAGUUGAUGACUUUCCUCAUGCUUAUUUCUUUUUCAGAUACAUGUGUAGUCAUGAAAACUGUUGGGGCACACUUGCUCCUUUGCCCCCAUCUGAUGAUGCUUCUUCCAAAGUAUUGGAAUGUAAUGUCUGCGGCAACCUCAAGAAUGAUAUAGAUGUAUGUUGACUUGGGACUAGGUACCUUUCCCCUGGUGGACUGCUCUAAGUACAACAAUGUCAACUCCCCCCCUUCCCCUCUAGCAUCAUCAAUCUGUUUUGUGUUUAUACGUACUUGUUGUCACCAGGGCUUCACAUUUUGUUCUCUUAAUCUCUAAUUGUCUAUAUUCAAUUGUUGCUGGCAUUGUUUCAUUA